AUGCCUCAGAGUCCGUCAGCACCUAAGAUUGAAUCCUCUCUCAUCGUGACUUUCCAUCAAGAUGUUCCAAGACCGCCUAGUUUCUCGCCUUAUUCGCCAUCCCCACUCUCCAUAUUGACAUAUCUCGCAACAACGGUUAUUCGGCUCCAUUCAUUUUCGCACAUUCUCUCUCAAAAAGCUGCUCGCGAUCGCAGUCUGGCAGCACCUGUUUUUGGUCUGGAAGAAGGACAGGAUGGGGUUCUUCUUGGGAGGGUGGAUAAACCGAUCGGCAGUGGAUCUGUCGGAGGGGUGGUUUUAGAACUGGAGCAUCGGCGGAAGAGCGGUCGCGGCGUGUUGGAAUGGUAUUUCCUCCCUCCUGCCUCGCAUUAUCCACCAAACCAGGCCAAGGAGAUUGUCACACUACUUGAUGACCAUCCGUUGUAUCAUCCCCCCGAAGAUCUGGACACGCAAAACAGUGAAGAAGAGCCCGAGUCGACAUUUGAAUUGCGUCUCACUGAAAGACAGAGGAAGGAGAGGGAAGGUGUGGUAUUACCAUACUUUGAUGCACAGAAUGGUAAUGGCCCCGGUGAAGGUGGACGUAUUCUAUACGAUAUGGGAGAGGAGGACGAUUUCGAUGAGGAAGAAGACGAGAUAUAA